AUGAGGCCUUCUCGAAGAAGACCUCUCCUCCACCUCACCUUGUCGGCUUUACUCUUUACCCAUAGUGCGCUAGCAAUAGAUCUCGACUUGUCGAGUCCCGACUCCAUAAAGAGUGCCGCAAAGAUAGUCGCCGAUGAGAUGGUGACAUACUAUACCGGGUACCGUCCUGGAGAUGUUCCUGGGAAUCUUCCUGCACCGUACUACUGGUGGGAGGCUGGUGCCAUGUUCGGGUCCCUGAUCGACUACUGGUACUUUACUGGCGACGACUCGUACAACGAGAUCACGACUCAAGCCAUGCUUCAUCAAGUUGGUCCAGACAAUGAUUUCAUGCCUCCCAACCAAACCAAGACCGAAGGAAACGACGAUCAAGCAUUUUGGGGCAUGGCCGCUCUCUCUGCCGCGGAGAAUGUAUUCCCAAAUCCGCCCCCGGACCAACCGCAGUGGCUCGCUUUGGCGCAGGCUGUCUUCAACACGCAGGCCGCUCGUUGGGAUACGGCGUCGUGCGGAGGUGGACUGAAGUGGCAGAUCUUCGCCUUCAACAACGGGUACAAUUACAAAAACACCAUCUCCAAUGGCUGCUUCUUCAACAUGGGGGCUCGACUGGCUGUGUAUACCGGCAAUCAGACAUACGCCGACUGGGCUGACCGCAUGUGGGAUUGGGUCUCGGCUAUCGGAUUGCGAGACGCGCAGUACAAUUUCUUCGACGGAAGCGACGACAAUCUCAACUGCACCGAGCUUGAUCAUAUUCAGUGGACUUACAACGCCGGCACCUUUCUCGUUGGGGCUGCCAAUAUGUACAAUUAUACUGAUGGUAGUCAAGUCUGGGCAGAUCGCAUCAAUGGAAUCAUUUCCAGGCUCAACGUUUUUCUGGAGGGUAACAUCAUGAAGGAGACGGCAUGCGAAGCUGUAAAUCCUGAUGGCUCUGAUACCUGCAACGUGGACCAACGCUCGUUCAAGGCCUACCUUGCUCGAUGGAUAGCGGCGACUAUCGUCAGAGCACCUUUCACCUACCCACUGUUAAAACCGAUCUUGGAGCAAACGGCCUCGGCAGCGGCAGCAACUUGCACUGGUGGUGUUAAUGGCACGUCCUGUGGAUCAAAGUGGUGGAAAGGCGCUAUAUUCGAUGGCGAAACCGGAGUUGGUCAACAGAUGUGUGCUCUCGAGGUCAUUCAGUCGAAUCUGAUCACUGAGGUUUCUGGGCCUGUCACGGAAGGCUCAGGAGGAACAAGUAAAGGGGACCCCAAUGCUGGCACUUCGAGUCCCAUUGGCCCUGGGGACCUGCACAAGCACGACGUGACCGCGGCUGAUAAAGCGGGAGCAGGCAUCUUGACUGUUCUGCUCAUUUUCUUCGUUGUGGGCGGCGCAUGGUGGCUCAUCCUUUAG